UGUGACAAGGAGAAGAACCUGCUCCAUGUCACAGAUACUGGUGUAGGAAUGACCCGGGAAGAGUUGGUUAAAAACCUUGGUACCAUAGCCAAAUCUGGGACGAGCGAGUUUUUAAACAAAAUGACUGAGGCACAAGAAGAUGGCCAGUCAACUUCAGAACUGAUUGGCCAGUUUGGUGUCGGUUUCUAUUCUGCCUUCCUUGUAGCAGAUAAAGUUAUUGUCACGUCGAAACACAACAACGACACCCAGCACAUCUGGGAGUCCGACUCCAAUGAAUUUUCUGUAAUUGCUGACCCCAGAGGAAACACUCUAGGACGGGGAACGACAAUUACCCUUGUUUUAAAAGAAGAAGCAUCUGAUUACCUUGAACUGGAUACAAUUAAAAGUCUCGUGAAAAAAUAUUCACAGUUCAUAAACUUUCCUAUUUAUGUAUGGAGCAGCAAGACUGAAACUGUUGAGGAACCCAUGGAAGAAGAAGAAGCAGCAAAAGAAGAAAAAGAAGAAUCUGAUGAUGAAGCUGCAGUAGAAGAAGAAGAAGAAGAAGAAAAGAAACCAAAAACUAAAAAAGUUGAAAAAACUGUCUGGGAUUGGGAACUUAUGAAUGAUAUCAAACCGAUAUGGCAGAGACCGUCGAAAGAAGUGGAGGAGGAUGAAUACAAAGCUUUCUACAAAUCAUUUUCAAAGGAAAGCGAUGACCCCAUGGCAUAUAUCCACUUUACUGCUGAAGGGGAAGUUACCUUCAAGUCAAUUUUAUUUGUACCCACAUCUGCGCCACGUGGUCUGUUUGAUGAAUAUGGAUCUAAGAAGAGCGAUUACAUUAAGCUGUAUGUGCGCCGAGUAUUCAUCACAGACGACUUCCAUGAUAUGAUGCCCAAAUACCUGAAUUUUGUCAAGGGUGUUGUGGACUCAGAUGAUCUCCCCUUGAAUGUUUCCCGUGAGACUCUUCAGCAACAUAAACUGCUUAAGGUGAUUAGAAAGAAACUUGUCCGUAAAACCCUGGACAUGAUCAAGAAGAUUGCUGAUGAGAAAUACAAUGAUACUUUUUGGAAAGAAUUUGGUACCAACAUCAAGCUUGGUGUGAUAGAAGACCACUCAAAUCGAACACGUCUUGCUAAACUGCUUAGAUUCCAGUCUUCUUAUCAUCCAAGUGACAUUACUAGUCUAGACCAGUAUGUGGAAAGAAUGAAGGAGAAGCAAGACAAAAUCUACUUCAUGGCUGGGUCCAGCAGAAAAGAGGCUGAAUCUUCUCCAUUUGUUGAGCGACUUCUGAAAAAGGGAUACGAAGUGAUUUAUCUCACAGAACCUGUGGACGAAUACUGCAUUCAGGCUCUUUCUGAGUUCGAUGGGAAGAGGUUCCAGAAUGUUGCCAAGGAAGGAGUGAAGUUUGAUGAAAGUGAGAAAAGUAAGGAGAGUCGUGAAGCAAUUGAGAAAGAAUUUGAGCCUCUGCUCAAUUGGAUGAAAGAUAAAGCCCUCAAGGACAAGAUUGAAAAGGCUGUGGUCUCUCAGCGCCUGACAGAGUCCCCAUGUGCCCUUGUGGCCAGCCAGUACGGAUGGUCUGGCAACAUGGAGAGAAUCAUGAAAGCCCAAGCAUACCAGACCGGCAAGGACAUCUCUACAAAUUAUUAUGCCAGCCAGAAGAAAACAUUUGAAAUUAACCCCAGACACCCACUGAUCAGAGACAUGCUUCGACGAGUUAAGGAGGAUGAAGAUGACAAAACAGUUUCAGAUCUUGCUGUGGUUUUGUUUGAAACAGCAACACUGCGGUCAGGAUAUCUUUUACCAGACACUAAAGCAUAUGGAGAUAGAAUAGAAAGAAUGCUUCGCCUCAGCUUAAACAUUGACCCUGAUGCAAAGGUGGAAGAAGAACCAGAAGAAGAACCUGAAGAAACAACAGAGGAUACCGCAGAAGACACAGAGCAAGACGACGACGAAGAAAUGGAUGCAGGAGCGGAUGAGGAGGAACAAGAAACAGCAAAGAAAUCUACAGCUGAAAAAGAUGAACUGUAAAUUACACUGUUGCCGUUUGGAUCCCGUAUGAAGAAGGAAUGUGAAAUUUCAGUCAUUUCUUUUGGGAGAGACUUGUUGUGGAUGCUCCCCCCAGCCCCCUUCUCCCCCGCACUGUCAAAUGUUGGGAUUUUGGGUCACAGGAAGAAGUGGGUUUUUUAGUUGAAUUUUUUUUUAACAUUCCUCAAAAUUAAAAU